AGUUUUUCGUUUAAAUCUCAAUUACUUGCUCAUAUUGAGAUUCAUACAGGUGAGAAACCAUUCUCUUGUGAGACCUGUGAGAAACGUUUCCGGAGGAAACCUCAGUUAGCUAUUCACAUCAGAGUUCACACGGGUGAGAAACCUUUCUCAUGUGAGACCUGUGGAAAAAGUUUCACUCGAAAGCAAAGUUUAACUGUUCACAUGAGAUGUCACACGGGUGAGAAGGUUAUCACUUGUGGCACUUGUGGAAGAAAUUGUUUGACUAGAUAUCAAUUAGUUCAUCACAUGAGAUCUCACACAGGUGAGAAACCUUUCUCAUGUGUGAUUUGUGGAAAAAGUUUCACUCGAAAGGAAAGUUUAACUGUUCACAUGAGAUGUCACACGGGUGAGAAGGUUAUAACUUGUGGCACUUGUGGAAGAAAUUGUUUGACUAGAUAUCAAUUAGUUCAUCACAUGAGAUCUCACACAGGUGAGAAACCUUUCUCAUGUGGGAUUUGUGGAAAA